AUGUGGAAGGCUGUGGUGCAAGCCAUUUUUGCUGGCUAUAAGCAGGGUAUCCGGAACCAAUGGGAGCAGGCAGUUCUUCCUAAAAUUGAAAGUGUUUAUGCCCGAGAUGAAACAGAAUUCUAUUUGGGCAAGAGAUGUGCUUAUGUAUACAAAGCAAAGAACAACACAGUGACUCCUGGUGGCAAACCAAACAACACUGGAGUAAUCUGGAGAAAGGUAACUCGGGCCCACAGAACCAGUGGCAUAGUUUGUGCCAAAUUCUUAAGCACUCUUCCUACUAUGGCUAUUGGAAACAGAAUCCAAGUGAUGCUGUACCCCUCA